GGCGAUCAAAUUUCGCGGCCAAAAAAUGGCGACGGUGACGGAAUCGGCGUUGCCGUUCAGAAUACUGGAAGAAGAGGACCGCUCGAGUCCGUCGGACGCCGUGGCGUUCGUCGGAAUGUGCUUGGUGUUAGGAAUCGCAUGCAGGCAUGUGUUGCGCGGUACCAGAGUACCUUACACCGUCGCUCUUCUAAUUCUCGGCAUUGCAAUCGGUUCCGUAGAAUUCGGUACACACAUUAAUUUGGGCAAGAUUGGGGACGGCAUUCGAAUUUGGGCAGCUAUUGAUCCUGUCCUUUUAUUGGCCGUUUUUCUUCCUGCCCUUCUUUUUGAGAGUUCAUUUUCUAUGGAAGUCCACCAAAUAAAGAGGUGUAUGGUUCAAAUGAUUAUACUAGCUGGCCCAGGUGUUUUGAUAUCAACCUUCUGUCUUGGAUCUGCUUUGAAGCUCACUUUCCCUUAUGGCUGGACAUGGAAAACAUCAUUGUUGUUGGGGGGACUUUUGAGCGCUACUGAUCCCGUGGCUGUUGUUGCUCUAUUGAAAGAUCUCGGUGCAAGUAAAAAACUGAGUACAUUAAUCGAAGGAGAGUCCUUGAUGAAUGAUGGGACAGCAAUUGUGGUUUAUCAGCUAUUCUAUCAAAUGGUCCUUGGAAAGAGCUAUGACUGGGCGGCCAUAAUUAAAUUUCUAUCUAGAGUCGCAUUUGGAGCUGUAGGUAUUGGUCUCGCUUUUGGUAUAAUAUCUGUCAUGUGGCUUGGGUUCAUUUUCAAUGACACUGUGAUAGAGAUCACACUAACAGUGGCUGUGAGCUAUGUUGCCUACUUCACUGCUCAAGAGGGUGCUGUUGUGUCUGGCGUUUUGACGGUGAUGACUUUAGGAAUGUUUUAUGCUGCGUUUGCAAAGACAGCUUUUAAGGGUGAAAGCCAGCAAAGCUUACAUCAUUUCUGGGAAAUGAUUGCCUACAUUGCAAAUACAUUAAUCUUCAUCUUGAGCGGAGUUGUUAUCGCUGAAGGUGUUAUGGAUGGUGAUGAUAUUUUGGGAAAUGGAAAAUCUUGGGCCUACCUUGUUCUACUGUAUGUUUAUGUACAAAUUUCACGGAUCAUAGUUGUUGGAGUAUCAUUCCCCUUUCUUCGGUAUUUUGGCUAUGGUUUAGAUUGGAAGGAGGCUAUAAUCCUCAUAUGGUCAGGUCUGCGAGGUGCGGUAGCAUUGUCACUUUCACUAUCCGUUAAGCGUACUAGUGACAGUUCUACACUUCUCAGUUCCGACACAGGAGUCCGGUUUGUUUUCUUCACUGGUGGAAUUGUCUUCUUGACACUUAUUGUGAAUGGUUCAACCACGCAAUUCGUUUUACACUUUCUAGCAAUGGAUAGGCUAUCAGCAGCUAAGAGGCGCAUACUGGAUUACACAAAAUAUGAAUUGUUGAACAAAGCAUUAGAGGCUUUUGGUGAUCUUGGAGAUGACGAGGAAUUGGGGCCCACUGAUUGGCCCAGUGUGAAAGAAUACAUUACAAGCUUAAAUGAUGUGGACGGUGAACCUGUACACCCUCAUACUGCAGGCGAAAGUGAUAAUAACCUGGACAUUACAAAUUUGAAGGAUAUACGUGAACGCCUUUUGAAUGGAGUUCAAGCUGCUUACUGGACCAUGCUUGAUGAGGGAAGGAUUACGCAAACUACUGCAAAUAUUUUGAUGCUAUCUGUAGAUGAAGCAUUUGACUUGGUUUCAACUGUGCCAUUAUGUGACUGGGAAGGUUUAAAAUCUCAUGUCCAUUUCCCAAAUUACUACAAGUUUCUUCAAACAAGCAUUUGGCCACAGAAGUUGGUAACCUAUUGUACUGUGGAAAGGUUGGAAUCUGCGUGUUCCAUUUGUGCUGCCUUUCUUCGUGCCCAUAGAAUAGCAAGACAGGAACUUCAUGAUUUUAUAGGUGAUAGUGAUAUUUCUUCUAUCAUCAUUAAUGAAAGUGAGGCAGAAGGAGAAGAAGCAAAGAAAUUCCUGGAAGAUGUUCGUAUUACAUUUCCUCAGGUCCUGCGCGUUGUGAAAACAAGACAAGUAACAUAUUCGGUUCUGAACCAUUUAAUUGAGUAUCUCCAAAACCUCGAGAAGGUUGGCCUGCUGGAAGAAAAAGAGAUGCUCCAUCUUCAUGAUGCUGUCCAGACUGACCUGAAAAAGCUUCUAAGGAACCCCCCGUUAGUAAAGGUUCCAAAAAUAACUGAUUUGAUUAAUCUCAAUCCUCUGAUGGGGGCUCUGCCUUCUUCAGUUCGUGAACCUCUUGAAGGUUCUACGAAGGAAACAAUGAAAAUACGUGGCAUGUCACUUUACAAGGAGGGCUCCAAGCCUACUGGUAUUUGGCUUAUUUCCACUGGGGUAGUGAAGUGGACAAGUAAGAGCUUGAAAACCAAGCAUUCACUGCAUCCAACUUUUACUCAUGGGAGUACUUUGGGCCUAUAUGAAGUGCUUGCUGGAAAGCCCUAUAUUUGUGAUAUCAUCACAGAUUCUGUGGUUCUGUGCUUUUUCAUUGAAAAACAGAAGAUACUUUCAAUGCUCAGGUCUGAUCCCUCCGUAGAAGACUUCCUAUGGCAGGAAAGUGCUAUUAUGCUUCUGAAACUUCUUCUUCCACAAAAGUUUGAGAAGAUGGCAAUGCAAGAUUUAAGAGCUCUUGUUGUUGAAAGGUCAACAACGACCAUUUACAUAAGGGGAGAGUUUAUCGAAAUUCCUCAGCAUUCCAUUGGCAUUCUAUUAGAAGGAUAUGUCAAGCCCCAAGGCGUCCAAGAAGAACUGAUUGCAUCACCUGCACCUCUAUGGUCCUCACAUGGUUACCAAAGCUUCCAAAAUCUGGAAACAUUAGGCACCAUGGGAUCCCGAACCAAUUUAUCUCGUCAAAGACCCAGUUUUUCCCAUCAAGGAUCCAGUUAUCUUGCUGAUUCAAGAUCAAGAGUGAUAGUAUUCGACCUUGCGGCAUUUGGAUCUGACAGUGCUCUAAGUAGAGGGACAUCGUCAUUUUUGUCACAUGCAGUUGAUCCCCCUCUCAGAAGUCUCAGUAGAGAACAUACUGGUCUUAUGAGUUGGCCUGAACAUUUCUUCAAGCCAAAGCAACAAAAGCAGACUCCUGAAGGGACAAACCAACAAGCUAACAGCUUAUCUAAAAAGGCAAUGCAGUUGAGCAUAUAUGGCAGCAUGGUAAACGUCCGGCCGCGUACUCGAAGUUUUCCGAGUAGUGUUCCUACGGAACCAUCACAUACGGUGUCAUAUCCAAAUGUUCCACUCUCUGAUUCUCGUCCACUGGUUUCUGUGAGAUCAGAAGGGUCUUCCACAGUCAGAAAGAACCUGCAAGUGAGAAAAAUAGCUGACAAAAUAACUCCUCCAGCUCAGUCGAGUACAGAGCCAAUACAAAGUCAUGUGGUAAUAGAUGAUGACUCCAGUGAUGAUUCUGGAGGUGAGGAUGAUGUAAUAAUUAGAAUCGAUUCACCAAGUAGGCUUUCUUUUCGCCACGCUCAUUUUACACCCUAAGCCAACAAAGUAAACCACAUGUAGUUCUCAGUUCCUAUUUGUAUGAAAACCUGUAAUUCGGCGUAUAUAAUAGAGGAAAUUUUACAAAUAAUACCCCAAUUACAAGUCAUUCAUCACGUUAGUGUAUCAACUUAAAAAACUAUUAGAUUAGUACCCCAACAUCAAAAUUAGACCUACUAUCAAU